UGCGGUAAAAUCGAAAUCACAAUGGAUAUUUGUGCACUCGGCGUUCUUUUCCUCUGCGCUAGUAUUCGAAUUAGCAGAGCAUGUCUUUCUUCCGGAGUCUGUGCUGGUUUUGGAUGCACGCCACCAGCAGCACCUGCUUGUUUUGAUGGAUGUGCUCCAGGCUAUGCAUGUGGGCAGUUUGGUUGCUAUUCGCGAGCACGUGCUCGAUCUUCAAAAACAUUCAAAUAUGCUGUUUCUGACCAUGAAGGCUCACAGAGAGUAGCUUCGGUCAUCAAGGUAUUCUCACUUUCAAUGAUAUGGUGCACCUACUUGUGUGAAAAUCACACAUCAGACGCUACCGCUGUUUUAUUUCAGCAGCAAGGAAUGCAAGUAGACGAGGCAUCCGAUCAGCGAUUUUACGAUUGCUGUGUGGAUCGGCGUCUUCCUGACGCAUGCUUGCAAAAGUGUUCCUACAGUACCUAUACAAGGAGCGCCCUGCAGGUCUUCUUUCCACUUUCACUUGUUUUCGUGAAGGCCACACAACAGUGA